GAGAGUUCAUUGCAAGUGUUGAGGGUCCUUUAGCCUUGAGUGGCCAUGAAAGCCAAGCCCAUUAUUUGUCCCCACCCUUGAAAUGAAAACCCAAUUUCCCUUCCCCUUUAGAAUUCUCGUUGGUAUCUGCAUUCUCAUCACGCACUAACAUAACAUCCCACCAACUUUAUUGUGAUUCAAAAGCCGUUACCAAAAGCCAUCUCCUUCUUGCCUGCUAACCAACACCUUUCACGAAACUAAUGCACCCAUUCCUUUAGAAUCUCAUCUUUUUUCACAAGAGAAAUAUAUUAAGAAGAAACCCAUCAAACACCUUCUCAUCUUUCCCAUUAAACAUGUCUGUAACCUCAAAACUACCAGAAGACCCAACUCCUCAGGUAUCUUCAACUCCAACAUCAACCUUCACUCCAAAAUGGCCUGCCAACAUCAAGCAAUUGGUUUCAUUAGAGCUAAGAACACAGGGGAGGAUUGUAGUCCCUUUGAUGGCCAUGAAUUUAACCUGGUUCGCAAAAUUAGCGAUCACUACCGCAUUUCUUGGUCGUCUUGGGGACCUUCAACUAGCAGGAGGAGCACUUGGUUUCACCUUUGCCAAUGUCACUGGAUUCUCUGUUUUGAAUGGGCUCUGUGGUGCCAUGGAGCCUAUCUGUGGUCAGGCUUAUGGAGCUAAAAACUAUAAGCUUCUCCAUAAGACACUAAUCAUGGCAACCUUUCUCCUACUACUAACAACAAUCCCUGUUGCUUUCUUAUGGGUUAACGUUGACAAGAUCCUCAUCUACUUUGGCCAACAACCAGAUAUUUCAAUUGUUGCACAAAAAUAUCUUGUGUGUCUUCUCCCUGACUUGCUGGUCAUUUCAUUCCUUUGUCCUCUCAAGGCUUAUUUAAGCUCCCAAAGCAGCACAGUCCCUAUAAUGUUCAGCUCAGCUAUUGCACUAGUUCUUCACCUCCCUAUGAACAUCUUACUUUUAAGAGCAAAGGGUCUCCAGGGAGUUUCUAUGGCUGUCUGGUUGAGUGAUCUUAUUGUUGUAAUUCUGCUUGGAUUUUAUGUGUUGAUAGUAGAAAGGAGAAAAGGGGAAAGGUGGGGGGAAGGGGGUUGGUGGGAUCAAAGUUUGGGAGAGUGGAUUCAGUUACUAAGGCUCUGUGGUCCUUGUUGCCUCACUACCUGCCUUGAGUGGUGGUGUUAUGAGAUAUUAGUCCUGCUAACAGGGCGCUUACCAGAUGCAAAACAAGCUGUGGCAGUGCUAGCAGUGGUGCUCAACUUUGAUUACCUCCUCUUCUCUAUCAUGCUCUCAUUAGCCACAUGUGCAUCCAUUCGCGUAUCAAAUGAGUUAGGUGCUAACAGAGCAAGCCCUGCUUACUUAUCUUCAUAUGUAUCUUUAGCAACGAGCAUUGUAUCAGGUUGCAUUGGUGCUUCUGUAAUGGUAGCAGCCAGAGGUGUCUGGGGGUCUUUGUUUAGUCAUGAUGAAGGCAUUCUGAAAGGUGUCAAGAAGAUGAUGUUAUUAAUGGCUGUCCUGGAAGUUGUAAACUUCCCAUUAACAGUGUGUGGAGGGAUAGUUCGUGGGACAGCAAGGCCAUGGCUAGGUAUGUAUGCGAACCUCGGUGGGUUUUACCUGCUGGCCUUGCCGUUGGGUAUUGUGUUGGCGUUCAAGAUUCGGCUUGGUCUUGGUGGAUUGUUGUUUGGGUUCUUGGCUGGUGUGACUGUGUGCUUGUUUUUGUUGUUAAUUUUCAUUCUGAGGAUUGAUUGGGGAAAAGAAGCAAACAAGGCACAAGUGCGUGCUGGACAGGAGGUUUGUGAUCCAAUCUCAGAAGAAGAUAAUACAGCUGUGGGAGAUUUUGAUAGCUCUGUAGUGUGAAUAUAAGAAAAGCAUUAUAUGACUAUCUGACUCAGGAGAAGCCAUAGACAAUCAAUUGGCUUCAAUUGUUUGCACAAGCUAGAAAAGAAUGCAAA